AGCACCGGUAGGGUUGGGGCUGGGUCGGAACAGACCGAACGAACAGAGACAUGGGUGGCAGGGCGGGGGCGCCUACUCCUCUCCAUUAUAUUUAAACCCCAACUCUGGAGCGGGCAAUUCCUUCUCCGCUGCUUACUGCCGGCACAAGCCCCCAUGGCCGAAUCGAGCAUACCAAGAGAAGCAAUGGAAGAAGAUAGAUAUCUACAACGGGAGCAAGACCAAGAGCACAAUCUCGAAAUCACAGACACAAUCUUCACCUCUACCUCAGAUCUCUGCCAACAACUCCUCGACCGCUACUCCAAGUCCGUCGCUCCCCAGCACCGCCACCUUUGCGCCACCGCCGCCGCCAUGCGCUCCAUUCUCCAAUCCGAGUCCCUCCCUCUCACACCACCCGCUUACUUCGCCGCCUCCAUCUCUGCCGUCUCCGAGACCACCGCCCUAGACUCGACCUCUGCCGCCGCUCUGCUCUCUUUCCUCUCAAUUACACUCCCCCUCGUUCCGCUUCACUCCAUCCCUCCCGCCAAAGCCGCCGACGCUAUCUCGGUCCUUGUGAAUGUUGUGCGGAGGCCGGGGGAUGGCGAGGCGGCGUCCGCUUCCACCGCGAGGGCUGCGGUAAAGUGCUUAGGGGUUUUAGUAGGUUUUUGUGACAUGGAGGAUUGGGCUUCGGUUAGAUUGGGGGUUGAGACGCUAGUUUCUUUCUCAGUUGAUAGGCGUCCAAAGGUCCGUAAAUGUGCUCAAACUUUUGUUGAGACAGUAUUUAGGUCUUUUGGAUGCUCUACUGUUAUUAAAGAGGCAAGCAGAAUGGUAUUCUCUUUUCUCAAAGGUUAUGUGCCUAUGGCGGUUAGAUUAACUAAUUCAAGGACAUUAGAUGGGUCUAAACCUGAGCAUCUAGAGGUCCUCCAUAUGCUUAAUUUACUGAAACAAAUUGUUCCUUAUUCCUCUGUCAAAGUCAGUUCAAAAGUACUUUCAGAACUGUAUAAACUCAUGAGGUCUCAGUUCUCAGUACUUACGAGGCGCAUUUUUGACAUCAUUGAAGUGUUUUUUGAAACUUCAAGAGUUGAAAUGAUAGCUUGCGAGGCAGAAAACAUCAUAAUUUCUCUUGUAUCGUAUGUUUCUUUGCGACAGAAUCCAAUGGACACUGUUGUGUCUGCAGCAACCUUGUUAAAAUGUGCCCUUGAUAGGCUUCAUGUUGGGGAGCCGAGCAUGUGGCGCAGGAACCUUCCUUUGGUAUUUGACUCUAUAGCUGGUCUUCUGACUUCUGAGGCUAGUACUGCUUCACGGGCUUCAAGCAUUUUGAAAGAAUUGAUAAAUAACCAUGUGGAUCGGAGAUCAGUUAAUGAAAGUCAAUUACCUGAAGAAAAGGGGAGCUUGGAAUUGAGUGCAAUAAUAUCCAUAUGUGCUGCCUUUGAGAAUGUGCUCAACAGCAGUUCUGGAAUUCCAAAUGAACAUAUUUUGGGGGUCAUAUCUGUUUUGUUCAUCAAACUUGGUGAGGACUCAUCCUUCUUAAUGAAAGCAAUUUUAUUUAAGCUUGCUGAUUUGAUGGCCCUUGCUUGUGGGAGCAUGUCUACCUCAAAGCAUCUUGAGGAAUGUAUUGGAUCUGCUGUUAUUGCUAUGGGACCAGAGAGGGUACUUACUCUUUUACCUAUAAAUUUCCGUGCAGAAGACAAAACUUGUUCAAACAUUUGGUUAGUACCUAUUUUGAGGAAGUAUGUAGUUGGAGCAUCGCUGGGGUAUUUUAUGGAGCAUAUUGUGCCCCUAGCAGAAUCCAUUCAACAGGCCUAUCAUAAAGUCAAAAAGUCAGUUGCCAGACAAGAUCUGCAGAAUCAUGCCCAUGAACUUUUGGGACUGCUACCUGCCUUCUGCUGCCAUCCAACUGAUACUUACCAGAAAAUUAUACCUUUGUCUAAUUUCUUCAUUACUUCUCUCAAGGAGAACUCUUUAAUGCACGAAAUUAUUGCUAUAUCCAUACAGGAACUUGUAAAGCAAAACAGAAGUAUGCUAAAUAGUUCUGGUGAAUCAAAUAUAGACACUGGGAAAAAUUAUUUUGUUGAGCUGAAAAAUGUGCCCUUGUAUUCGAAGAAAACUGCGACAAGAAAUGUGAGGGCUCUGGCAUCUGUUUCCAAGGAGUUGCUUCAGGUUCUGACAGAUGUAUUAUUUGAUUCACCUCCUGAGAAGCACUCAUUUAUAAAGGAUGCUGUUAGAUGCUUGGCAUCUAUCACUGAUACUACAAUAACAAAGAAGAUAUUUAUAUCAUCACUCGAGAGGUUCCAGCUCAUUAAUGCUGUAGGUGAAUUUGAAAAUGUUUGCAUUCAUGCCCAUGCAACUAAUAGUGAAGAAGGCAAUUCCAGCGUGGAGAAAAAUGCACAGAGGCAUCUGAUAAUGGAGUUGGCAUCUUCCCUUAUUGAAGGAGCUAGUGAGGAUCUUAUUGAUCUGAUCUAUAGCUUUGUUAGGCACACUUUGCAGGCAGCUGACGAGGUUGCUUAUGGUGAAGCAUAUUAUACUUUGAGCCAGAUUCUAGAGGAACACUCUUGGUUUUGUUCUUCACGAUAUGUCGAUCUGGUGGAUUUUUUACUUGGUCUGAAAGCCCCUACUGAUAUCGCAUCGCUUAAAAGUCGCUAUGCUUGUUUCCAAAUUUUAUUUGUUCAUGCAUUGAAGGGAAGACUAGACGAUGAGAAUACAAAGGCUUUUCUCAUUCUCAAUGAUAUUAUACUCACACUUAAGAAUUCCAAAGAAGAAGUAAGGAAAGUGGCUUAUGAUAUCCUUUUAAAGAUAAGCUCCAGCUUGAAAAACUCUUCGUCAUUUGGGUCUGAUGCAUCUCAGAGCAAACUGAUUAGCAUGAUUAUAGGCUAUCUUUCUGGCUCAUCUCCUCAGAUAAAGAGUGGAGCCGUGUCUGCACUAUCUGUGCUGGUAUACAAAGAUACUGAUAUCUGUCUAUUGGUACCUGAGCUAGUUCCCUUUGUCUCAGCUUUGCUGCAAUCCAAAGCUUUGGAAGUUAUUAAAGCUGUUUUGGGCUUCACUAAAGUAUUGGUAUCCUGCUUACAAGCUAAAGACCUGCAGAAUUUUCUUUCUGAUAUAAUCAGUGGAGUCCUUCCGUGGUCAUCUGUCUCAAGAAAUCAUUUCAGAUCAAAGGUCACAGUUAUACUGGAAAUCAUAAUACGGAAGUGUGGUUCGGCUGCAGUUGAGUCUGUUGCACUAGAGAAAUAUAAGGGAUUUGUCAAGUCUGUUAUGGAGAGCCGUCGUGGCAAGCUGUCAAAGGAAGGUGCUGCCACUAAUAAAGAACCAAAAUUUGUGGAUUCAUCUCCCAAGGGGCAGCCACAGCGGAAGAGGACGCACAAGGAAUUCCGCUAUUCAACUGAGGAAAAUGGUUCAGUGGUUUCUAAAAGGAGGAAGAAUGAAAGAGGUAAAAAUGCCAAAUCUACUAGCACAAAUAAGCCUCAUACGCCUACUGGUGGUGGUACUAGUAUGAAAUCAGUUAGUAAUGCUAUCCAUUCUAAUAAUGAGAACCCCAAGAAGGUUCUGCAGCAAGGAAAUGUUAAAAAGAACAGAAGAAGGGGUUUUAGCGAAGCACCGAGAAAAAGAAAGAGAAAGAUGGAUCAGAAAAGGCUGGGGAAAAAAGUUGGGUCUGCAUUUCACGAGCCUCCUACUGCUUCAAAGUUGCACAAGCAUAAGAAGCUGGGGAGGAAACAGAAGAAAGCAAAUAAAUGAAUAGAUAAGCACGAGUAAAAUUCAGUUGUUUUCGGGGAACAUGGCAAGAGCUGGGUAUAAUAUCAGGAAAUUUUUAUAGCAAGCCAACGUUCGUUACCCUCGGGGAAAGUUGAAAACUGCCCGUUCAGUUCUCUUUGGGAAGGAUCUUGGGCACCCGAUUUUGAUGAAGGUAAAGUAUCCCUUUUCUGAGACCUGCAGUUCUGAAAAAUUGGGUGCAAUGCAUUUUAGUCUCUGUUGCAGACUACAUGGACAGUAUUCCUCAGUUUUUCUGUAUGCUAUUCUGGGAGAGGGUACAUUGUUGGGAGGAGCAACUGCUGUCAAUUUUGCUAGAGCUUUGUACAAUGGACUGGCGCUGUUGAAUUCUGGGGAUUUUUAAUUGCCCAUUUUUGCAUCUUUAUAAUAUUAAUGUAUUUUUUUUUUGUGUAAUUUUUUUAAAUUAAAAAAAAAAAAUGGUCUUUGGUUCCAUUA